CAAGCCUUUUUCGACAAAAUAGAGCAGAGGCUUUUGAUUAGAUGUUAACCACUUGUUCUUCCAGUUUUGUUUUGAAUUUUGCCCUCCCUUUUGGGUUUUUAUUAUCUUCAAUUAUUGAUAGUUGCUGAUGGGUUUUUGAGGAAUCAUGGGUCUUUAUGUGUAUGAGACUUGAAGUCUGCUGAUCAAUCCAUUAUUUAAGGUAGAAAUUUUUGGCACUUGUAGAUUGAACUAAUAAGUCAAACAUAGGUUUAGUAUUUAGGAGGUAGUUUGGAUCAUUGGAGGGUUUCUUAGUGAUUAUUGUACCCAUGUUUCCUAAUUGUCAGCAAUUUAGAUAAUCUGAUUUGCCAAGUUUGGGCACCUCGAAAGUUGGGCAGUGCCCAUGGAUGCCUCAACAAGUGGAACCCCUACCAUUCAAUACCAUAACAUACCUGAUCAACCAAUUACUACUAUUGUUGCUGCUCCUGUAUCUGCGUUUCUGCGACAAGUACGCCAUUGCUUUGGGGACUCCACUCCUGGAGAAUUCCCCUUGGCUGCCAAUCCUUCCAUUGUUCUUCAUGUCCUCACCACUUGUAACUUGGAUCCUCAAGAUCUUGCGAAACUAGAGGCAACAUGCUCCUUCUUUAGGCAUCCUGCAAACUUUGCUCCCGAUUAUGAAUUGUCCAUAUCGGAGCUUGCUGCUCUUGACAUGUGCCAAAAAAGAGCUAUAUUUAAGCCAAUGACCGAUGAAGAACGUCAAACUUUGAAGCAGAGAUGUGGGGGAUCAUGGAAAUUGGUCCUGAGGUUUCUGCUUGCUGGGGAAGCAUGUUGCAGGAGGGAGAAAUCACAGGCAAUUGCAGGGCCUGGUCAUAGCAUUGCUGUGACAUUAACAGGGGCAGUCUACUCUUUUGGCUCUAAUAGCUCAGGACAAUUGGGACAUGGCAAUACUGAAGAAGACUGGCGGCCUCGGCAAAUAAGAUCUUUGCAAGGCAUUCGAAUUAUCCAAGCUGCUGCUGGGGCUGGCAGAACAAUGCUGAUUAGUGAUGCUGGGAGAGUUUAUGCCUUUGGAAAGGAUUCCUUUGGCGAAGCAGAAUAUGGGGUUCAAGGAAUUAAACUAGUUAUAACUCCCCAACCUGUUGAUUCUUUGAAAGACAUUUUUGUUGUCCAAGCUGCAAUUGGAAACUUUUUCACAGCUGUAUUGUCCAGAGAGGGCAGAGUUUACACAUUCUCUUGGGGAAAGGAUAGCAAACUUGGUCACAAAACUGAGCCAAAUGACGUGGAGCCCCAGCCUCUAUUAGGAGCACUUGAGAACAUACCCGUGGUGCAAAUUGCAGCUGGAUACUGCUACCUUCUUUGCCUAGCUUGUCAACCGAGUGGCAUGUCCGUAUACUCUGUCGGCUGUGGUUUGGGUGGAAAGCUGGGACAUGGCUCAAGAACUGAUGAAAAGUACCCUAGACUAAUUGAACAAUUUCAACUUUUGAACCUUCAGCCAAUGGUGGUGGCUGCUGGUGCAUGGCAUGCUGCUGUUGUGGGUCUUGAUGGAAGGGUUUGCACAUGGGGAUGGGGACGUUAUGGGUGUUUAGGUCAUGGAAAUGAAGAGUGUGAAUCAGUUCCCAAGGUUGUAGAGGCAUUAAGCAAUGUUAAAGCAAUUCAUGUUGCAACAGGGGACUACACAACCUUUGUCGUGUCGGAUGAUGGUGAUGUAUACUCUUUUGGUUGCGGUGAAUCUGCUAGCCUCGGACAUAAUACUGCUUUGGAAGGACAGGGAAACAGGCAUGCCAAUGUGUUGAGCCCGGAGCUGGUAACGUCAUUAAAGCAAGUGAACGAACGGGUGGUACAGAUCAGCCUUACAAACUCGAUAUUCUGGAAUGCUCAUACAUUUGCACUCACCGAGUCCGGGAAGCUUUAUGCAUUUGGCGCGGGGGACAAAGGUCAGCUAGGCAUAGAGUUAGUUAACAAUCAGACAGAAAGGGGAAACCCCGAGCAGGUUGAUAUCGAUCUCAAUUAGGAAUUCAUCGAUGGUUUGGCAUACACACCAUUUCAUCCAUUCCCUGUUUAUUCUGUAAAUAGAAACAAACAAAAAGGAAUUUGUGAAGAUUUAAGUUUAGGUGUAGUAAAGGGUCUAAGCAAAUGGCUAAAACGGUAAGAAAAAUGGUUAGCACGUAGGCCUUAAGCUGUUAAUAGCCGAAACAUCUGUGUUAAGGUUCAUUUAUUACUUAUGUUAAAAUUGCAUUCUUAAAAUU